AUGACAGCAACAAACAACAACAGCAACUAUAUCGUUUCUGAUGAAAAAGUUAUUGAUUCAUUAGCUGAGGAAUUAGUUGUGGCAGAAACUAAAACCCUCAACGAAAGAAUUGGUGAAAACAAGAUUGAUUUACAUAACUACCUCAAACAUGAUGGAGGAAGAGGAAGGAAAACUGGUAUGGCUUUAUUAGUAAAUAAAAUUUCGAAUUUAACGAUUAUAGAUGUUGAUAUCAAUAAAUCGUACAAUGAUGAACUUAAAGAAACAGUUAGAAAAGAUAUUUUAUCAAAACUUUCGGAUAAAGAUGUUAUCGUUAAAACCGCUUCAGGAGGUCUUCACAUUUAUUGCAACACUAAUUUCUUCUAUUCAGUUUCGAACAGAAUGAUUAAAUGUUAUUCCUGCAAUGAUUAUGAUAUUGAUAUAAUGACUUCUAUUGAUGAUUCAAAACGUUCAUUAGUGGUUAUGGCUGAUUCAAGAGUUCGAAAGAAUGCAACAGAACCAAUCAAAACAUACUCAUUCAUUCGUGGAAGUUAUGAUUCAACAUUAACUAGAACCGUAAACGAUAUAUUAAAUGAUUUGAAU